AUCAGCUGACGAAAUGUGUUAUACAUUCCUCUCGAAUCUCGCGAAAUUCACCAAUACAUUAUCAGACUAACGAGAGUCUUCAGUAUCUCAAACCGUUCAGUAUUACUCUGGCCUGUGCUCCCUCGGCUCGAAACAUAUGCUCAGAGGUCAUUGAAAUUGAAAGUGGAACAGGGAUAUUUUCUGUGACAAUCUCUCAUUAGCAGGUGGUCGAUUGUCACUCAACUGUUCGUUAGAGUACAGUAGUAAUUGUUGAGCAUUGUUCGAUCGAUUUUCUUGUAAUUUUAUUCGAUUAAUUGUCAUGGCAGCGCAAAAGGCAGAAGUCUCGGUGCCUAAUAGUAUCAAAUUCCUCAUUGGCGGAACUUCCGGAAUGGCUGCAACGUGUUUCGUGCAACCUUUGGACUUGAUUAAAAAUCGUAUGCAACUGAGUGGAACGAAAGUUUCCACUUUGAGUGUUGUCUCAACUAUCGUCAAAAAUGAGGGAGUACUGGCCAUGUACUCGGGACUGUCUGCUGGACUCAUGAGACAGGCUACGUAUACAACUACAAGGCUGGGAAUCUAUACUUGGCUGUUUGAACUAGCAUCGAAAGAUGGUCAACCAAAUUUCAUCACUAAAGCUGCGCUGGGAAUGGCAGCAGGUUGUGUCGGAGCUUUUGUAGGCACUCCUGCUGAGGUUGCCCUCAUCAGAAUGACUGCGGAUGGUCGAUUACCAAUAGCUGAACGACGAAUGUACAAAAAUGUAUUUGACGCACUAUUUCGAAUAAUAAAGGAAGAAGGUCUCUUCACAUUGUGGCGUGGAGCCAUUCCAACAAUGGGAAGAGCCAUGGUAGUGAAUGCAGCUCAAUUAGCAUCAUAUUCACAGGCCAAAGAGGCUUUACUCGAAACCGGCUAUUUCCAAGAGGAUGUGAUGCUACAUUUCGCUAGUUCAAUGAUCUCUGGACUUGUCACCACUGCUGCUUCAAUGCCUGUUGACAUUGCAAAGACGAGGAUUCAAAACAUGAAGAUGGUCGAUGGAAAAUCAGAAUACAAGGGAGCUCUCGACGUUCUUGCAAAAGUCCUACGUAACGAGGGAGUUUUCGCCCUGUGGAAGGGCUUCUUCCCCUACUAUGCUAGAUUAGGACCCCACACAGUCCUCACCUUCAUCUUCCUCGAGCAGAUGACGUCCUCUUACAAGCAAUAUUACUCGUAAUUCGUGCUACAUGACGGUUGAGAAAAUUUAUGGGCCAGACCGUGAAAUUCCUCACUGUGCUUUUAUUCAUUCUACGAUAUGAUUUGUCUCUUGAUUCGUCUUUUUUAGGGGACACCAGUCAAUAAUUAUUAUUUAUGUUCAUAUAAGGGGUAGAUCGACACGCAUGUGGGAUUUAUCUUUAUUAUGUCCAAGGACGACGCACAAUGGUGUAGAUAAAUAUUCGUGACGAAUUUAGUGAAUUGAGUAAAGAAAUUGUGCAAUAUCACAAGUCAAUUUUAUUUCGAGAUCGGUUUUUGGAAUAUAUGUGGGAAGUCUUUUGUCUUGACUUUUUUAGCUCUACAAAAUAUAGUAACACGUGCGAAAAAAAUCCUAUAGGGAAACCUAGCGCAUUCGCUAGAAAAUUCUUUCAAUUUUUUAUCGACUUUUAUUGAAAAGUCUGAAGAUCCAAUUUCCCGCUUUUUCUUCUGCAGACAUUUUCAAUAAAAAUUCUAGACAAUUUAAAAUUUCUAUACAACUUAUUCUGUUGAGAUUGUUCCUGCAGAACAAUCUCAACAGAUUCGUCGACUUAAAUUUUUCAAGUUUUUUGCUUGAAAUUUUUUAUGAAAAA